AUGCUCCCAAUCGAUUUCUUCUUAAGAUCCAUUGCCUCACCCAAAAACGACGUUUCUUACGAUUUUUGCUCAUGUUAAAUAAAAUUGUUUUUAGUUCUUCUUUUAACAAAACAGUUACUAUCCGUACAACUUCACGCACAACUGCUUUCGACGCCAUUUUUAACUGAAACUGUUGAUCAGUUUCUAUUGAAAUGUGUGAACAAAAACUGAUUUAAGUCAUAUUCAACUUUUGUUGAUCAACUAUAAUCGGUCAAUUAAACUUGAUUCGUGAGAACGCGCCUUUAGAGUAUACCUUAUUUAGUCUCACCACUGUCACUUGUGAAUGCGCGUGCGCCAUUGUGACAAAUCAACAUCAAGCGCCGUGGCGGGCUGUCGAUCCAUAAACUGGGGAUAACGUUAAUUUUCCUGUUAUUGUGGAUGUGAACGAUCAUUUUAGGCAUUAUUUCUAACAGAAAUGGAAGAGACAAAAGUACAGCAAGAACAGGACCAGCAGAAGGAUAUCGAAGAUGAAUGUGGGAAACAGAAUGAACAAAGCGAGGAAGGAAACGCUGAGGAAAAUGAUGAGAAGAAAGAGCCUGAAGAACCAGAGCAUUUUAGGAAGCUGUUUAUUGGUGGGCUUAAUUAUGAAACCACAAACGAAUCACUGAAGGCAUAUUUUGAGAAGUGGGGAGUAAUUGUAGAUGUUGCUGUUAUGAAGGAUCCAAAAACAUAUAAAUCGCGAGGAUUUGGGUUUGUUACAUAUUCCCAUUCACACAUGGUGGAUGAUGCCCAGGCUGCUCGGCCACACAAGGUGGAUGGCAGGCUUGUAGAACCAAAAAGAGCUGUUCCUCAUAAGGAUAGUCGACGUCCAGAAGCAAGUGCAACAGUGAAGAAGCUAUUUAUUGGUGGCUUGAAGCCAGAUAUGGAGGAGGAUGACCUUAAGUUAUAUUUCCAGAAGUAUGGUCGAAUUGUGUCCUGCAACAUUAGUAGAGAUAAAGAGACUGGUGUUAAGCGUGGUUUUGGCUUUGUUGAAUUUAAGGACUAUGAUGCUGUAGAUAAAAUAUGUUUGCAGAAACCUCAUGUGAUAAAAGGUAAAGAAAUUGAUUGUAAGAAAGCCCUACGCAAGUCACAGUUACCACCAUCUAAGAAACGUCAGAACAGUGGACGAAGAGGAGGUGGUUGCUGGGAUGGCAGAGGCGUGUAUGAUGAUGGUGAAUAUGAAGGUGGCUCAUGGUUUGACUAUCCAGGGGGUUCAGAUCAUCCAGGAGGUGAGUACUGCGGCCCUAAUUAUUCCAGUGGAGAAGAAUUCUGGGGUAAUGAUGAUUUUGGCAGAGAUUAUCAGAAGAAUUAUGGAGGAGGACCUGUUAGGGAUGGCUUUGGAUUUGGUGGUAGAAGACAAGGCCCAUAUUCAGGUGGAUAUGGCAGGAGUCCAAGGCGAUUUUAAAUGAUCCAUUAUACGUUUUGCUGUACCUAGUACUGUGGUUCUUCUACUAUUGCUGUGUGUUGGUCAGCUGAUGGCACAGUGCAGAGGAGACAAAGGCAGAAUUUUGUAAGCAUUGCGCAUGCAGGCCCCUGAGUGCUGUCUUGUUCUUUUAAGGUAAAUGAUUGUACAUAAUAUGAAAUGAGAAUCUAAUAUUAAAACAGAAAAGGAUUCCAAAUUUUGAAUGUCUGUGUUUCCAUGUGUAUGAUUUAAAGGUAAUAAAAUUUAUUUAUAUAUAUAUA